AUGGAGGAACUAAAAAAAUGGUAUCCAAUCGAGGUGACGACGCAUAACCUGCACUUCCAUGAGGAAGCGUCUAUAUUUACAAUGCAUGGAAAUGAGAAGUUCAUAGCAACUGGGGGAGGAGAUAGAGAUAUAAGGCUAUGGAGGGUGGAGAAGGAUGUAUCCAAGGGAACGGAUUUUUGUUAUACUACAGCGAUUGACUCUUCGAUAAAGAUAAAGUACCAUACUGUGCUCUCUGGGCAUCAUAGAAGUGUGAACUGCGUUAGAUUUAACGGAGACGUACUAGCAUCCUGCUCUGAUGGAGGAGAGGUUAUAUUGUGGGAGAAGGAAAGGCCCUAUGUGGUAAGAAGGAUCGAUGGAGACGAUGCAUAUGAGCUUGUGUGGGGAUGCGGACAUCUCUUUGUCGGAUUUUCUAGCGGAAAUAUACUGGUAUAUCAAGUGGUUUCAAAUAAUGAAUCUGAUGCUACCAAUGCAGCAAAUGAAGGAAGCUCUAACGAAGCUUCAGAUAGGGGGUCUUUUUCUGGGAAAGACAAUCAAGGGGUAUCUGCUAGGCUGGUGCAGAAGAUAAAGUGCCAUGAAGACAUAGUCCAGGGCCUGGCAUUCAACAGUCGCUUCAAUGUUCUGACAUCUUUAAGCAAGGACCGUACAGGAAAGACGUUCCUAUUUACAGAUAAGCUUGUAGAGAUAGAAAAGAUGGAGUACUAUGACAACGACAAGCUGUUUUCCACAGGAAGAGGGUUCUUUAGGAGGCUUUCGUAUUCUCCUGAUGGAAAGCUCUUGUAUCUUGUAUGCUGUAGAUCGAACAGUGUCGUGGUGCUUCACUAUCCGUUCAGAAUGGAGCAUGUGUAUGCAACAAUAGGCCCCUUUGACUCUGAACCUCUGAAGGUUGUGUGCGAAAGGGACAAGGUAUUUGUCACGACAAAGAAGAGCUUGUACAUGAUUGCUCAUAACAGGCUGGGGUUCUGCGUAGACAACAUCUCGUUUAUGACGAUAACCGAUGGCCAUGUGUUUGAUGGCAUUUGCUUUCUAUCCUCCCUGGAUGGAUUUGUAUCAUCUGUGCGCAUGAAGGGAGACUAG